AUGGGACCUCUCGGAAAAUGCAUAAAGAUCCGACUUGCGAAGAACUCUGCAUUAGGGUUCUUCACCCUUUCAGAAGUUGUCGCAUGUGUUACUAUUGUUCAAAAGUUUGUAGGAAUUUCGAUUAUUCAAUUCGCUGAGAUUGAAGUGAGGCGAUCAAGGAUCUUAAAAGUGAUGAAAAAAAUUGAUAUUCCUGCAACGAUAACCAAGAAGAGCACACUGACAACAGCAUAUUUCAACACAUUUGGUCUUGCGUCAACUUUUAUCAAAACCGCUAUUGAGUGCGAGAAGAUCAAGUGGAGUAAUGACAUGGACCCCGUCCGGAAACCCAUCGACUGGAAGGACAUUUCCGAGCAGUUGGGAUACUUAUUUUGUGGUGGAAGGCACCAGAUUUCUUUGAAACCAAUUAUGAUUUACAUCGUUUUACACGAAAAACCAAUUGCUCUCGAAUGUUCGAAGAUUCACCUGAUUGAAGUCGGUCAAUACGAAGUUCAAUACGAGAUGAGCUUUGAGGAAGUGAUGUAUAUUCUCCCAAAUAUCAAGGCUUUUCGGUGUAAGAAAUCCGGACGCAAACGCGUAAUUUCUCUUUAUUCGAAUAUGAGAUACCACAAAUUCUAUAAGUUAGAAGAAUAUAACAUUCCACGGCUUGCUCUCGAUUUCAACUCCGGUCUUUGCGAGGGUGACACCGAUCUUUGGAUGUUCAUCGUCAAAUUCUUACUGAAGGAAGUUGUGUCUUGUGCAUUUACCUCAUACGCCGAAGAUGAGGUAAUGGACAAUUUCAGGGUGCUCGAUUCUUGGGGAGCUAAUAUUAUGGUUGCUGGGGAAGAAAACGAAGAAUCCUGA